GGAGCGCGUGAGGCUCCGGGGUCGUGGCGGCGAUUGGCCGGUCGCGGCGCCCGCUCCCAUAAUGCAGUGCAUGGCGCGUCAUUGAAGAGAGACCAUGAUGGCAGCGGCGCUGGGGCCCCCAGAAGAUGCUCAGCUGGAGAACGCGGCCAAAGUUCUGAUGGCACCACCUUCCAUGGUCAGUAAUGAACAACGCCAACAUACAGAGCACAUAUUCUUAUCAUUUAGACAAUCAAAAUCACCAUUUGCAGUUUGCAAGCAUAUUUUGCAAGGUCACUGGAUUAAAAAAUGAACAGAAACUAGUAAAGUGGACUAUGUCCUUUUUCAAGCUGCCACAGCCAUAAUGGAAGCAGUUGUCCGAGAGUGGAUUCUCUUGGAAAAAGGUAGCAUUGAGUCACUGCGAACAUUCCUUUUAACCUAUGUCUUACAAAGGCCUAACCUCCAGAAGUAUGUUCGGGAACAGAUUCUAUUAGCCGUAGCAGUAAUUGUAAAACGAGGAUCAUUAGAUAAAUCAAUUGACUGCAAAAGCAUUUCUCAUGAAGUCAGCCAGUUGAUAAGUAGUGGCAAUCCCACUGUGCAAACACUGGCCUGUUCUAUUUUAACUGCACUAUUGAGUGAAUUCUCAAGUUCAAGUAAAACUAGCAACAUUGGACUGAGUAUGGAAUUCCAUGGUAACUGCAAGAGAGUAUUUCAGGAAGAAGACCUUCGUCAGAUCUUCAUGUUAACUGUUGAAGUUCUGCAGGAGUUCAGCAGGCUGGAAAACCUCAAUGCGCAGAUGUCUUCAGUGUUUCAGCGUUACCUUGCACCCAGUCAAGUCUUGAGCUGGAACUUUCUUCCUCCAAAUUUGGGCAGACAUUAUAUAGCUAUGUUUGAAUCCUCACAAAAUGUGCUGUUGAAGCCAACAGAGUCCUGGCGGGAGACUCUUCUGGACAGCAGAGUUAUGGAACUUUUCUUCACAGUACAUCAAAAAAUCAGGGAAGAUUCAGAUAUGGCACAAGAUUCUUUACAGUGCGUUGCCCAGUUAGCUUCUCUUCAUGGACCCAUCUUCCCAGAUGAAGGAUCACAAGUUGAUUAUCUAGCACACUUCAUUGAGGGAUUGCUGAAUACUAUCAAUAGAAUUGAAAUAGAAGAUUCUGAAGCUGUAGGAAUCUCCAGCAUUAUCAGCAACCUGAUAACUGUGUUCCCUCGAAAUGUUUUAACUGCCAUUCCCAAUGAACUUUUCUCCUCCUUUGUUAACUGCCUCACACACCUCACUUGUUCUUUUUGGGGAAGUGCUGCAUUGGAAGAAGUGCUUGAUAAGGAUGAUAUGGUAUACAUGGAAGCAUAUGAUAAGUUGUUGGAGUCCUGGCUAACUUGGGUCCAAGAUGACAAACAUUUCCACAAAGGCUUUUUUACCCAACAUGCAGUUCAAGUUUUUAAUUCCUAUAUUCACUGCCACCUAGCUGCUCCAGAUGGCACAAGGAAUUUGACUGCCAAUGGUGUAGCCUCUCGUGAGGAAGAAGAAAUAAGUGAACUUCAAGAAGAUGAUCGAGACCAGUUUUCUGAUCAACUAGCCAGUGUAGGAAUGCUAGGAAGAAUUGCUGCAGAACACUGUAUACCUCUUCUGACAAGUUUAUUAGAAGAAAGAGUAACAAGACUCCAUGGUCAGUUACAGCGACAUCAGCAACAAUUACUUGCUUCACCUUGUUCAAGCACCAUUGAUAACAAAAUGCUUGAUGAUCUUUAUGAAGAUAUUCACUGGCUUAUUUUAGUUACAGGCUACCUCUUAGCUGAUGAUACUCAGGGAGAGACUCCGCUAAUACCUCCAGAAAUAAUGGAAUAUUCCAUUAAGCAUUCAUCUGAAGUUGACAUUAAUACAACACUUCAAAUUUUGGGAUCUCCAGGAGAAAAGGCUUCUUCCAUCCCAGGGUACAACAGAACAGAUUCUGUGAUUAGGCUAUUGUCUGCUGUUCUAAGAGUUUCAGAAGUUGAAUCUCGAGCAAUAAGAGCAGAUCUCACUCACCUACUAAGCCCUCAAAUGGGCAAAGAUAUUGUUUGGUUUCUAAAACGCUGGGCCAAGACUUAUCUCCUUGUGGAUGAAAAACUGUAUGAUCAGAUAAGUCUGCCAUUCAGUACAGCAUUUGGAGCAGAUACGGAAGGUUCUCAGUGGAUUAUUGGCUACCUCUUACAAAAAGUCAUCAGUAACCUCUCAGUCUGGAGUAGUGAGCAAGGCCUUGCAAAUGAUACUGUGCAGCUCCUUGUCACUUUGGUGGAAAGAAGAGAAAGAGCAAACUUAGUAAUUCAGUGUGAAAACUGGUGGAACCUAGCUAAGCAAUUUGCAAGCCGCAGUCCCCCUCUUAAUUUCUUGUCAAGUCCUGUGCAGAGGACACUAAUGAAGGCUCUUGUCUUAGGGGGUUUUGCACAUAUGGAUACAGAAACCAAACAACAAUAUUGGACAGAGGUUCUUCAGCCACUUCAGCAGUGAUUCUUAAGAGUGAUAAACCAAGAAAACUUUCAGCAGAUGUGUCAGCAAGAGGAAAUCAAGCAGGAAAUCACUACGCUGGAGGCCCUUUGUGGCAUUGCUGAGGCUACCCAGAUUGACAAUGUAGCCAUUCUUUUUAAUUUUUUAAUGGACUUCCUUACCAAUUGCAUUGGGUUGAUGGAAGUUUACAAAAAUACCCCAGAGACUGUCAAUCUCAUUAUAGAAGUUUUUGUUGAAGUUGCACAUAAGCAUAUAUGCUAUCUUGGAGAGUCCAAAGCUAUGAACUUAUAUGAAGCCUGCCUUACUUUGUUGCAAGUAUAUUCUAAGAAUAAUUUAGGGAGGCAAAGAAUAGAUGUUACUGCCGAAGAAGAACAGUACCAAGACCUGCUUCUCAUUAUGGAACUUCUUACUAACCUUCUGUCAAAAGAAUUCAUAGAUUUCAGUGACACAGAUGAAGGACAUGAGCCGGGUCAAGCAGCAAACAUAUCUGUAUCAGCAGCUGAUGUUGUUUUAUAUGGGGUCAACCUAGUUCUGCCCUUGAUGUCACAAGAUUUUUUGAAGUUUCCAACACUUUGUAAUCAAUACUACAAAUUAAUCACAUUUAUUUGUGAGAUUUUUCCUGAAAAAAUACCACAGCUUCCUGAGGAUCUUUUUAAAAGUCUGAUGUACUCCCUAGAACUAGGAAUGACAUCAAUGAGUUCAGAGGUUUGCCAGCUCUGCCUGGAGGCCCUGACACCAUUAGCUGAACAGUGCGCAAAAGCACAAGAAACAGAUUCACCACUUUUUCUAGCAACUCGGCACUUUCUUAAGCUGGUUUUUGACAUGCUGGUUUUGCAAAAGCACAACACAGAGAUGACCACUGCAGCUGGUGAAGCUUUCUACACUUUGGUGUGUUUACAUCAGGCUGAAUAUUCUGAACUGGUUGAGACAUUACUCUCAAGUCAACAAGACCCAGUUAUUUACCAGAGAUUAGCAGAUGCCUUCAACAAGCUCACUGCAAGCAGCACUCCUCCUACGCUGGAUCAGAAGCAGAAGAUGUCCUUCCUAAAGAGUUUAGAAGAAUUUAUGGCAAAUGUUGGUGGUCUCCUUUGUGUAAAAUAAACAACAAAACUCUAUGCUUAAUAUAGAUCCUUUCUGCAAAGUGCACUGAAUUGCUGAAAGUUGGCAUGAGUCUUGUCCUGUUCCUCAGUUCUUUUGGCCAUUUUGGAUUUUGGAGAGCCUGAAACUUCAAUAUGGAAUGCAGUGAAACAGGAGAGGUCAACUUUGAAUCAGCUUCUGCUGUUAGGUGUUAGCCACAAGCUGUCACAUACAUGUCUUCUAGAUUUUAAAUGGUGACUUAAAAUUUUCAAAAUGCAAUUCCAUAUAUGUGCAAGCAGAUAUGCGCACCAAGAAAUACAUAUCCAGUGCCUUUUCCCCUUUUAUCAAAGCAUAGGUGGCUAGCCAAAGUUUAGAGUUUUUGUAAUUAAAUAUUAGGUGGAUGUGUUCUAGGCAAUGUUUCUCAAAAUGUUGUCCAUAGACCACCUGCACCUUCUGAGGAUCUGGUGAAAAGGAAGAGUCUUGGGCCCAACCAUAAACCUUUAGUCAGAAUCUGGUGGUUGGACCUUGGGGUCUGCAAUUUAGUAAGCUCCUCCUCUCCAUCACCCCAAAAGUUUUAAAUCAAUGCA